AUGGCGAGCAAACUUAACCCUUUCCUCCUCCGCACCCUCUGCCGGCCGAGCCCGCGACAAAGCACGUCCUUGCGCGUGUCCCUCGCGGCCUACUCAACCGACGCCCCGCCCCCUCCGCCGCUUCUCGCCAAGCUCAAGGAUGACCUCAAAACGGCGAUGAGGGCAAAAGAUGCGAACCGCCUCGCAGUUCUCCGGUCCAUACUGGCUGAGACCCUCAAUCGCAGCAAAACAGAAAAGCCCGUCACGACAGACGUGCAGCUCGUCCACCUCCUCCACAAGUCGGCGCACAAAUCGCAAGAAGCUGCCGCCGAGGCACGGGCCGCCGGACGGGAAGAUCUGGCCGAGAAGGAGGAGGCGCAGCAGCGGAUUCUUGAGGAGUAUGCUGCCAACAGCGGCCUCAAGGAGAUUGGGGAGGCCGAGCUGAGACAAAUCGUGGAAAGCGAGAAAGCCAGGCUCGUUGCUGAGGGCGUUCCAAAGAAGGCCUUGAUGGGACAGAUGAUCAGGAGCAUUCUUGGGCCAGGCGGGCCGCUGAACAACGCCAUUGUGCCAAAGGACGUGAUUAAGAUCAUCCAAGAGAGUUGCAAAGGCCAGUAG